AUGGCUCAGAACAACCGUGAUGAAAAGGCCGACAUCAAAAGAGAUGCCGAGCCUCAUAUCUUUCAAGAUGAGCAUCCAGAGAAGCCUGUUCCCACGUAUGAGAAGACAGAUUACUCUGGUGCCCAUGAGAAGACAGACCCCAAGGAAAUCGCAUUGGUCAAGAAGCUUGAUCGAUGGAUGAUGCCCAUGCUUUGGAGCAUGUACUGGCUCAACUAUCUUGAUCGAAAUGCCAUUGCUUUGGCUCGAUUGAACGAUCUCGAAGAAGAUCUCAACCUUCAAGGAACUGAGUACCAAACUUGUGUUUCUAUCCUCUUUGUUGGUUACAUCUUGGGACAGAUUCCCUCCAACAUGUUCCUCACCCGAACUCGCCCCAGUCGCUACAUGGGUGUCAUGAUGAUGCUCUGGGCUGUAGUCAGCGCUCUCACCGCCGUCGCCAAAGACUACAAGGGUCUCCUCCUCACCCGCUUCUUCCUCGGUCUCACCGAAGCUCCUUAUUACCCCGGUGCCGUCUACCUCCUCUCCAUCUUCUACACACGAAAGGAAGUCGCAACACGAAUCGCCAUCCUCUACACCGGAAACAUUCUCGCAACUGCCUUUGCUGGUCUCAUCGCCGCUGGUAUCUUCCACGGUCUUGAUGAUGUCGCUGGUAUUGCUGGCUGGAAGUGGCUCUUCAUCCUCCAAGGUGCCGUCACUUUUGUCAUCGCUGUUGUCGGAUACUUCAUCCUUCCCGAUUUCCCUCUUACUACCAGAUGGUUGACUGAGGAGGAGCGACAGUUGGCUUAUAACCGUAUGGAACUCGAUACUGUCGGGAACAAGGGUGAGACCAGCACCAUGGAGGGUUUGAAGCAGGCUGCUAAGGACCCUCUUGUUUGGAUCUUCUGUGCUAUGGCUCAUCUCCACUUGGCUGCCAACGGUUUCAAGAACUUCUUCCCAACUGUUGUCGAGACUCUCGGCUUUGACCGAACUAUUACUCUCGUCCUUACUUGCCCUCCUUACCUCAUCGCUGGCGCAAGCACUAUCCUCGUCUCCUGGAUGUCCGGUCGCUACAAUGAGCGAACCUGGCACAUCACCGCUUCCAAGGCUGUCGCCGUCGUCGGUUUCGCUGCCGCUGCUGCCACCAUGAACACAGCAGGCCGCUACGUCUGCAUGGUCAUCUUCACCAUCGGUACCUAUGCCGUCAACAGUCUUAUCCUUGGUUGGUGCGGUUCUGUCUGUGGUCAGACAAAGGAGAAGAAGGCCGUUGCUAUCAGCAUGGUUACCAUGAUUAUGAACGUCAGCUUCAUCUGGACUCCUUACUUGUGGCCCAAGACCGACGCUCCUCGUUAUGCUAUUGCCAUGGGAAGCAGCGCUGGUUUCAGUAUUGGUACUGCUGCGCUUGCAUGGUUGGCCAAGUUCCUUCUCAUGCGCCGAAACCGCAAGCUUCGUGCCCAGGAGAACGAGACCAUGGUCUACUACGUCUACUAA